AUGUCCGGAUUUCCCACGCAACAGCAAGCACAGGCUCGAAACGCGACAUUGGCCACUGCACGGUUGCCAAAUGGAAAACUCGGUGGCGCAGCUAAUUGGAACUUCAACCUUCCCGGAACAUCUACUCUGCAACCCAACCAGCAACGCACCAUGGGUACAAUGGGAAGCUUCGCGCAAAGCCUUGGCGCGUCGCUGCAAUCACAAUCUCAGAACCCUGUCUGGGCCAAUGCCAGUCAACGAGCUGCGCAACACACCCCCGUCCAGAGACAACAGCAUCCUCCCACGUCGCAACCGCCUUCUCGAGCUUCUCAGACCCGACUGCUUCCUGUGCAGCAACCGUCCCAACCUCCUCACGAUGACAUGUUUCCUUCCGGUGCCCAAUUUGCGAAUCGGCUGGACGAUUUCAGGAAUGGAGGACAGGGCAUCAGUAGCCAGCUAGGGGCGGGCAGUCAGCCUCAGACAGGGAACAUCGACGAGUUUCCCCCUUUAGGACGCAAUAUAUCGGUGGAGCUGGCCCAAGACCGUCGGAGUUCUCUGAUGCAAGGUGCGGGCUUUGGCAGUUACAACUCUGGUAUUGGGACAUCACGGUCGCCUGUCAACCAAGGGCCUAAUGGGGUGUUGGGGCAGGAGAAAGAUGACCUAAACAACACCCUGAUGUCGGGUCAGCGCACCUUCAGCGACUCGCAACAGCAAUUGCAACAGCACCAACAGCAAGCAAAUGAGGGUCAAGAGGUUUCGGCCGCUGCUCAAAGUGCGGAGCAACCCCCUCUUGCGCAGAUGAGUGAACUUGACCGGUUUGGGCUGAGCGGCCUCCUCCGCAUGAUCCAUAGCGAGAGUCCCGACGUGGCCGGUCUCGCAGUUGGACAGGACUUGAUGACCCUUGGCUUGGACUUGAACCAGCCUGAGCCUCUCCACACCUCGUUCGCCUCGCCUUUCGUAUCCUCCAUGUCCGCUGUCCCCUUGGAACAAGACUUCUCUGUGCCAUCAUGCUACAAUGUCGCCAACAUCCAACCCCUUCAAUCACGGAUCCCUGGGUUCAGCGACGAAACCCUUUUCUACAUCUUCUACAGCAUGCCCCGGGACAUCAUGCAGGAGUUGGUCGCAGAAGAAUUGAUGGGCCGUAAAUGGCGGUACCACAAGCUCGAGCGGUGCUGGUUGACUCGUGAUGAAACAUAUCCCGGCCCCGUCGACGUGGAACGCGGCGUGAGCGAGCGCGGAGUGUACCUCCUCUGGGAUCAUGCUAGCUGGAAGAAGAUUCGGCGCGAGUUUAUCCUCCGAUACGAAGACUUGGACAACCGGCUGGACCCCAACCGCGGUAUGAACCGCGCAGCUGUUGGCCCCACGCAUGCUUCAUGA